GCAGCAGAAAGAAGCCGCAGCAGGGACCAGGAGCUGGAGAGCAGCGGUGAGGAGGGCAGCACGGUGGUGCGGAAGGAGCGGCGGCGGGAGACCCCCAACCCCAUGAUCCAGAAGACCAGGAGAUGCGCGAAGGAGAGACCCGCAUACGCGCUGAGCAGCAGUGACGAUGAGGAUCCAUCAAAGGACAUCAGAGUCACUUACAAAUCAACAAGGUCGGCGAAACCUGUUGGCCCAGAAGACAUGGGAGCCACAGCAGUGUAUGAACUGGACACGGAGAAGGAGAAAGAUGCCCAGGCCAUCUUUGAGCGCAGCCAGAAAAUCCAGGAGGAACUGAGAGGAAAGGAAGAUGAUAAAAUUUACCGUGGUAUUAACAACUACCAGAAGUAUGUGAAGCCCAAGGACACAUCGAUGGGAAAUGCUUCUUCAGGAAUGGUCAGAAAAGGACCCAUCCGCGCUCCGGAGCACUUGCGGGCCACCGUGCGAUGGGACUACCAGCCCGACAUCUGCAAGGACUACAAAGAAACUGGGUUCUGUGGCUUUGGAGACAGCUGCAAAUUCCUCCAUGACCGCUCGGACUACAAACACGGCUGGCAGAUCGAACGGGAACUGGAUGAAGGCCGGUACGGAGUCAAUGAUGAGGAGAACUAUGAGGUGAGCAGCGACGAGGAGGAUAUGCCUUUCAAAUGCUUCAUCUGCAGAAGUUCCUUCAAGAACCCCGUGGUCACCAAGUGUAGGCACUACUUCUGUGAGAGUUGUGCCCUCCAACACUACCGCAAAUCCCAGCGCUGCUACGUCUGUGACAAGCAAACCAAUGGAGUCUUCAACCCAGCGAAAGAGCUCAUGGCAAAAUUGGAAAAACACAAAGGGGAAGAAGAGGAGGAGGAAGAGCAGCAGCAUUCAGACCACGGAGGGGAUCCACAAUAGCAGAGCACCCUGUUUUUUGUAUCUAGCUGAAUAAAGCUUUCAUGGAGGGGAAAAA